AUGAAGUUCUCUUCACCCCAGACAUGAAUGAACUAAUGAACCCAACUACUUGGCUUGAUGCGGGUGCCCAGGUUUUCUAUUCAUUCUCUUUGGCCUUUGGAGGUCUUCUGUCUUUCUCCAGCUACAACUCAGUGCAUAAUAACUGUGAACAGGAUGAUGCAGUGAUCAUCUCUAUAGUGAACGGAGCCACUGCCGUCUACGCUGCAACAGUCAUUUACACCAUCAUUGGCUUCAGAGCCACAGAGAAGUUUGAUGACUGUAUUACUGGAAAUAUCCUGACACUGCUGAAUACAUUUGAUCUCCCCGAGGGKAACGUCACUGAGAACAACUAUGAUCAGGUUCUCCAGAGUCUCAAUGGAACACAUACAGAKGUCAUUCAGGGACUCAACUUGAAGACCUGUGARUUGAAUUCUUUCCUUAGUGAGGGGGUUGAAGGAACUGGUCUGGCCUUUAUCGUGUUCACAGAGGCCAUCACUAAGAUGCCUGUAUCUCCUGUUUGGUCAGUCUUGUUCUUCAUCAUGCUCUUCUGUCUCGGCCUGUCRUCCAUGUUUGGCAAUAUCGAAGGAGUUCUGGUACCACUUCAGGACCUGGGGGUUUUCCCCAAGAGUUGGCCCAAAGAAGCCAUCGCUGGGACAACAUGUGUCCUCUGCUGCUUUGUUGGAUUAAUAUUUGUUCAAGGCUCAGGGAACUACUGGCUGGCACUCUUUGACAGCUAUGGCGGGUCCAUUCCUCUGCUGAUCAUUGCAUUCUGUGAGAUGGUUGGGGUUGUCUACCUCUAUGGUAUUGAUAGGUUCAACGAUGAUAUUGAGUUCAUGAUCGGCCACAAGCCCAACCUCUUCUGGCAGAUCACAUGGAGAUUUGUCAGCCCCACCAUCAUGUUUGUCAUCUUUGUGUUCUACUUUGUCACGAAAGUCCAAGAAACACCAAUGUACAAAGCCUGGAAUCCUGAAUCGGACAACUUCCCUACAUUGGAGGAGAAGGAAUAUCCAACCUGGAUCUUUGCUAUAAUCUUCAUCCUGGCAGGAAUCCCAGGUCUUUCUGUACCUCUUACGGCUGUUUACAAAUGUUUGAGGAACCGCUGCUGCAAGAAGGAUAAUGAGUUUAAACAAGAUGACUUAAACACUAUUGCCAAACAAGUUCACCUGACGGAUGAGGCUACCAAGAACAAACCAGACAUCCCAGAGACAGCAGAUGGAAGAUAGUGAUCAAGUCACUAGUCCCAUUGUUGUUUUCAUGACAGGCCUCCAUUUGUUUACUUCAUGCCACUGAUAGCUGAAAGGAGUAGAUACGUUUGAAUGUUUUACACUACAAGUUUUACACUACAAGGUUGUAUGGAAUGAGGUAUGGCAGAAAAGCCAUUAAAGCUUACAUUGAUUGACACAUUGUAAUUUUUGUGCUGAAAAGUCAACAUUAAACUAAAUUAUAUCCCUU